AGACGGAGAAAGAGAGAGAAUUUGGGGGGUACAUGCAUCAUGAAUGAAUCUGCCUCUAGUGGAAAUGGUCAAGAGUUUGAUGUAUUUAGUGCUAUGGACUGGAAGGACGGCAUAGGGACUUUGCCGGGAAGUGACCUAAAGUUCAGAGUGAAUGAAUUUGGGGCCCUGGAAGUGAUUACAGAUGAAACUGAGAUGGAAAGUGUUAAAAAGGCAACUGCUACCACAACCUGGAUGGUUCCAACUGCUCAAGAAGCCUUUUCAGAAAAGACAGGGAUCCCCACAAGGUUGAAGGAAACUGCAAAAAUGGAUGGACUUGUUUUCUGUGAAAACUGUUACCGCUAUGGUACCAUAGAAGAAUUUGUUCCGGAAGGGAAAUUUUGCAGCCAGAAAUGUGCCCAGCAAGUAAAAAACAAAGAACCAAAGGAGGAAAAGCCCAGCAUGGAAUGCAAUGGGGAAGAUGAUUCCAAAGGCAUUCGGAAAAGAAAGACAAAGUUGCCUCUCAAAGAAGAGUCCAGGGAUAAUGGGGAGAAGAAAGAGAAUCCUGAUGAAACUGAGGACAAACCUGAAGGAAGGAUCUUGAGAGUCUCACAGAGAGCCAGGAGAAAAAGAAAAGGGGAAAUAACAGUUUUGAAACAAACUGUACCCUCUAAAGGAAGGCAAGCAUGGUGUUGGGCAUCCUAUCUGGAGGAAGAAAAGGCCGUUGCAGUACCUACUAAGCUUUUUAAAGAGUAUCAGUCUUUCCCAUACAACAAAAACGGAUUCAAAGUAGGGAUGAAGCUGGAGGGAGUGGAUCCUGAGCACCAGUCAAUAUACUGUGUCCUCACAGUGGCUGAGGUUUGUGGCUACAGAAUACGACUCCAUUUUGAUGGAUACCCAGAUUGUUAUGAUUUCUGGGUGAACGCUGAUUCUUCAGACAUUCAUCCUGUUGGAUGGUGUGAGAAAACAGGUCACAAGCUUCAUCCACCUAAAGGAUACAAGGAAGAAGAAUUCAGCUGGCCCUCAUAUCUAAAGGCAUGCAAGGCUCAAGCUGCUCCUAAAUCACUGUUUGAAAACCAGAAUGCAACAGUGAUUCCUUCGGGAUUUCGAGUGGGGAUGAAGCUAGAAGCCGUAGACAAGAAGAACCCGACUUUCAUUUGUGUUGCUACGGUAACAGACAUGGUGGACAAUCGUUUUCUGGUUCAUUUUGACAACUGGGAUGAGAGUUACGACUACUGGUGUGAGGCAGCUAGCCCACAUAUCCAUCCUGUUGGAUGGUGUAAAGAACAUAAAAGAACUCUCAUCACCCCACCAGAUUAUCCACAUGCUAAGCAUUUUUCUUGGGAGAAGUAUUUGGAAGAAACCAGUUCAUUACCUGCACCUGCAAGGGCUUUUAAAGUGAAACCUUCUCAUGGCUUUCAGAAAAACAUGAAACUUGAAGUGGUCGACAAGAGAAAUCCAGUAUUUAUCAGAGUAGCAACCAUUGUAGAUACUGAUGACUAUAGAAUAAAAGUCCAUUUUGAUGGCUGGGAUAGUAUUUAUGAUUAUUGGACUGAUGUAGAUAGCCCUGAUAUCCAUCCUGCAGGCUGGUGUACAAAAACCGGACACCCUCUUCAGCCCCCACUUAGUCCCUUGGAAUUGGUGGAAGCUUUAGAGCAUGGAGGGUGUCCCACAGCAGGAUGUAAAGGAGUUGGGCACAUUAAAAGAGCAAGACAUAUCGGCCAUCAUAGUGCAGUCAGCUGCCCCUAUUCAGAGCUGAACUUGAACAAAGAAAGCCUUUUACCUGACCGGUUGAGUGGGGAGAUGCCUGCAGCCAGUCCUGUCCCCAGAAACAGAAAAGUGGAAGCAACUGAAAGAUCCACCUCUCCUGUAAUCAAUGACAGAAAAUGCCCCAGCCCUGGUCACGUAGGUAUGAAAUCUUCAGCUCACAAUCAGUCGUCUGGGAAAACUGUACCAGAAACAACUAAGCAGGAAGAUGCAGAAAGUAAAUCUCCUUGCAAGAAGCCCCUGUUAUGUGAUGUGAAGGAAAAGGCAGCACCUGGUGGAGUACUACAAACAAAGGACUCGAUAAAGAACAAAGAGUGUGAAGAGGAGGAGAUAGAAAAUAAGCUGCUCAUUUCAAAUGAAAUUAAAGAUGUUGAAGAGCCCAACACACAGAGGCUUCUUUCUCAACCAGUUAUUGUGUCUUCCAAGUUGCAAAUCCCUGGCCUACCCUUGCGCUGGGAACAGCAGAGCAAGCUCCUUCCAAGUGUAGCUGGGAUCCCAGCCAGUAAAGUUUCUAAGUGGAGUACAGAUGAGGUUUCUGAAUUUAUACGGAGUUUACCAGGAUGUGAAGAACAUGGCAAGGUGUUUAAAGAUGAGCAAAUUGAUGGAGAAGCAUUUCUGCUAAUGACCCAAUCAGACAUAGUCAAAAUAAUGAGCAUUAAACUGGGACCAGCCCUAAAAAUCUUUAAUUCCAUUCUGAUGUUCAAAGCUGCAGAGAAAAACUCACACAACGAACUUUGAAGAUAAUGGAAAAUGUGUACAAGCCAGCUUUCUCCACUGGAGCUCAUGUUUUAUUCAAAGCACAAAGACUCGUUAGAACUGUUGAAUAAGGACUCUCAGAAAGGAAGAAACUACCUUCAGCACUGGUGGACUAUUUAUAUUCUCCUAGAGCCAGUACGCAUCUGAAUCCUUCUGGGAAGUGUUCAGGCUUUUGAGAAGGUACUAUGUAACAACUGAGUCAGCUAGUCUUAUUUACCAAACUAAUGGCGUUAAUUCUCCAUGGAUGGUUAGGAUCCCUAACUUGCUCUGGACAUCAAGAAAACCUUUGUUAAUUAUUUAUGCUGUAUUAUAUAAGGGAAUGUUAAUAUUUUCUAAGAAUUCUUGAAUUCUGCUUCAUGUACCCAUUUUACUUUUUCAGAAGCUUCUACUUCAUACUAUCAAAAUAAAAACUGAUUAGCCAAAAAUUAGGCUACACGUAGCCAGAUGAGACUGUUAUGGCUAAUACGUAUUUGUGCCAUAGUUUAAAAAUGAAACACUUAAUGUUACAUACAUGACACUUUAUGCUACAGCAUAUAACUUUACAGAUUAUAAAACUCUCUGUUUGCUUGUAACAAAACAAACCAAACCUUGUUGGGGUUGAAAUUACAAUGCUUUUUUGAUAACUGAAUGUUUUUACUUUUGCACGAUUACAAAAUGUUAUGUGAGUUUUUCCACCAGCAUCUUUAAUGUAUUUUACCAAAAGAUCAGUAUAGAGAAGGCUGCAACUGAAAAAUAAAGUUUGACUUCAUAGAAGACUUUUUGUUUAUGCUGCACAAGAGAGUCCCAGCCUUUUACAUGGGAGCCUGCUACAGUCCUUCAGCACAUGAAGGAAAAUACGUGUAUUUUGAGGUAAGGAUAUUAGCAAAAAAGAAAAUAUUUUCAUUCAUGUCUGCAUAUGCCAGUAUAGUUAGCACAACAGUGGAGAAAAAACAGUGUGCUAAAGCUAGGGCUGCUACUCUGGUUUCAUAUUCCACAUAGGUUUGUUUUCCCAGUGGUGGCAGAAUUAUUUCACCCACCACUUCCUAGUUUUAAAGUCUGAUGUAUAAAUGAAUAAGGCAUAGGGGGAAAGACAAAGCACAGAGGAAAAAGACACUUAAACACAUAUGGUGCAUCGGCACAUCCUAGGUGUAAAAUGCAUGAGUUUCACUGGGUCAU